AUGGCCGCCAACGACAAGGAGUUGGCAUCAUCGUCUUUGGUGCCAGCCCCCGACGAUGACUACGUAGAUUGGGACCUCUUGAUGGUGGAGGCAGAGGAAGAGGAAGAGAAGGAGAAAAUGAUUGCCAACGACAAGGUGAUCGCUCACGCCAUCCAUGAGGAGGAACUCAUCAACGCAGCAGAGGAAAAGGCAGUGGCCAUCAUCAAUGACGAGGCUAUCGCACACCUCUUGGCGACAGAGGAGGAGAUGGGCGGUGACGCUGAAACCGACAACGAGGUGGAGAUGGGCGACGACUCUGACACCGACGAGGAGGAGGAGGAUGAGGAAAUGGCCGGCACCGGUGGCAACUCCGAUGAUGACACUAAUGAAGCUAUGAUCUUACUUACCUAG